UUAGUCAUUUCCGUUUCCACGCUUGUCGAAGGUUUGUCUCGCUCCAACGGCGGCUAACCUCAAACCAACUUGAAAGAAUGGCCUCGGGAAGUUGCUUAUCGGUUUUCAAGGCUGAUGGUUAUGCUGUUUAUGUUUUAUUUCUUCUCCUCGGUACCUAUUUGCUGAACCAACUGGAUCGAUACACUCUUGCAGUGUCUUCACAACCUAUGGCGCAAGACAUACACUUCGGUGAUAAAGGAUGCUUGCCUUACAACUCCACAUUUUCCUCGGAAUACAAAGACUUCUGUGUGAAAAGUGAAAAGGGCAGCGGUGAACCAGAGAGAAACCAAACGACAUGUGAAUCAAAAACCCCUCACAAUUCCACCCAACAUGUGUGCACUUGGGAUUAUGAUGGAACAGGAAGUGACUAUCAGAUCCUUGCAGGUCCAGUUUUUAUCCUGGUGUACACAAUCAGUGGGGUUCCACUUGGAUUUUGUGCAGGAGUUUUUCACAGAAGAAACCUCAUUGUUUUCUGUCUUUUACUGUGGAGCACCAUGACAUUACUGACAGGUUUUGCCACCAAAUAUUGGCACUUAGUUGUGCUAAGAUUUAUUCUUGGCAUUGGUGAGGCUGGAUGCACUCCAUUUGCCACUAGUUUGAUUGCUGAUUAUUUUCCUGAGACAUUACGAGGAUCUGCUUUUGGUGUAUAUAACUGGGGAAUCUACAUUGGUUACAGCAUGGCAUAUGCCUUUGGUAACUUCAUUACACAAGCUAAUAUUGAUGGCAAAGGGUGGAGGUGGGUAUUCUGGAUUGCAGCUGCACCUGGGUUUGUGCUUGGAUUUCUCAUGCUGCUAACAAUGAAGGAGCCUAAAAGAAGUGAGACGUCAAACACACAGGCAAUUGUCACUCACCCACAGCGAGAGUUAUUCAGAGAGAAGUUCCUUCUGUUAUGCAGAACAUUUAUGCGUCCCUCCCUGCUCAUCUUGUUUGUUGCUGGCUCUAUAAGGAAUGCUGGAGGCUAUGUUUGGGCAUACAACACACAGCCUUACUUCAAUAAGUAUUACCCUAACACUAACGUGGGAGAAUAUAUGAGCUGGAUCCCUCUUGUAGGAGGAAGCUUUGGAGUAGUCCUGGGUGGAUUCAUCUCUGAUCGUGUGAUUAAAAACCGAGGCUUUUAUGCCAGAGUUUGGGUCCUGUUAUUCAGCCAGAUAAUCGCUGCCCCAUUUGCUGCAGGAGCCUUAUUCUUAAAGCCUCCCUGGGCCUUCAUUAGUCUCAUUCCCUCAAAUAUCAUUGGUGAGAUGUGGGUGGGGGUAACACUCACUGUUGUAGUUGAACUUGUACCAAACACCAUCCGUUCACCGGCAGUAGCAGGUUAUUUGUUCAUCAUCAGCAUCAUUGGUGGUAAUGUGCCACUUCUCGUCCCACCUCUGAAGGAAGUCACCAGUCUGCGGACCGCUCUGUACAUUCUCUAUCCUGGUCUAUACCUUCUCAGCUCUGUGUUCUUUCUCUUGACUUUGUCCUCGUUGAAACGCGAUAUGAGACGAGCUAAGGAGGAAGAGGAAGUGAUCAAGCCAUUACUGCCUGAGACAUCCACUGAACAUGGAGGAAAAAUCCUAUGAUAAUAUGGGGAAUGGGAAUCGGAUGAAUUAGCAACCGUCGUGUUUCAGAGGCACGAGAUAAAUGCGUUUAAUGUUUACAGUAGUAUGAACUUUUAGCUUAACACUUUUAUUUAAACAAAGAAGAGAAGUCGAGAUAUUUUUGUGAUACUUGUCUAGCUGAAGAUACAAGCAUUAGAAAUAACAUAUUGACUGAAAACGGCUUCAAAAUAGACUAAACUCUAUUUAAUUGUAUAAGAAAACUCGCGUCAUUCCAUCUAAUUUUAAUUGGAUGGAAUGGCGCGAAAUUUAAAAAUCGCAACCCGGCUCGCUCGUUUUUUCCGGCGCUUUGGGCAGUUUGGUUGUUUAGGUUGCGCUAUUUAUGUCGUGCAUUAAAAAAGAAAAAAGUUAACUUAAUUAUUUUGUGCUAAUCAUGUCAUAAAACUAGGGUAUCGCAAUAUGUUGCGAUGGAAUCAACCCGCCAUUGACGCACCGUCCAAACAAAGUGUUGUAAGCUCGUCUAGCAAGUUUAUUGGUUCAUGUCCUCCGUGAGGACUUCGUCGCUAUCGUCUGUCGAGGCUAGAGAGGUCGUCAGGGAAUUUUUCUACCAUUUAGAAGUUAAAACAUGUUUUGUGUACCGCUCCUUCACUUACAACGCACACACCGCUAGCUAAAGGCCUAUCACGAAUUUACCACCAGAGCGUUUAUUUCAGAAUGGCU